AUGGCUUCCACGGGCGAUUCGAAAAAGAGUCUUCUUCUGACCUACGACACCGAAUUGAUACAAAACUAUAUCCAGGGCGAGAUAGUUUCCCCGAAACAUAAGUUUGAAGCCCUCCAAACAAAGGAUGGCCACACUCUACUCUUUGGCAUCGAUUCUUCCAAUAUAUUUCAUGUCAUCGAAGAGAGCAGCGGACAACACAGCACAGGGUGGGCGCAGAUUGAUCUUUCCACGGCGGCGAUCAGCUCGAAACUCCCGGGAAAGAAGGAUGCGAUAGUGAGGACAUUCGACGUCGGGCAGAGUGUUCUCGACCAAACCAUUGGAAUGGCCAUGGCGGUUCGUGUGGAAGGGAAAGACAGCCUUUUCGUAUCGCUGAAGAAUUCCAACUCGGAUACCUCCUGGACGAAGAAACCGGAAUGGACAUUGGUCCCGUUUGAUGCCGUCAAUGAGACCCAGCCAAGCAUUACCGUUGCAGGGGUCUGGUUUGCAGAGACAGAUAGUCAGAGACAAUACCUUGUGGUUGAUAUUGAUCGAUCGGGAUCAUCCGCGAUCAAGGAUAUCGCACGCUACUAUGUCGACCCCUCUGUAACCUCUGGUAGUCGCUGGGUUAAGCAUGACGUCCCGGUCGAUAUCGCCGCCGGCGACUAUCAAAGCUGUAUCGGACGAGUGCGCCGUGGCCGGAUCGACGGAAUCUACACUGCUGGAACCGCUGGAGGCAGCGCCCAGCUUGAUUAUGUGCCGCUUGAAAACAUCUUCGGGGAUGGACCGCCCCUUCCAACCCGGUUCAAGCUGCCCGAGAACAAGAUUCCAUCUGCUAUAGCCACUGCUCGUAAGGACAAUGGCGAGACAGACCUCUAUAUCCUCAAUGGCUCGACCCUGUACCGCAUAGCAGCCGAGAAGCAGAAGGAUGAUGCUACAGCGGACGCCGUCCUGACCCACAGCCUGCUUUCUGGCACUGAAGUGCUGCGCGCCAUGAUCCACCAAGGAGUAUUGACUCUCUUUGGAAAGAAUGGAAGUGAUCAGGUCUAUUACCUUUCAUGCCACAUCGAAAAGGUGGCGGAUCCGAGAGCAUGGAAUGUUCCAGUUCCUAUUGCCAACGGAGUGGAGCAGAUUUCGGCGUACGUGAACAGGGCAGAUGGGGGAAACACCAUAUUCACAUCUGGUGGGGGCAGGCUAAGCAAGAUCACUCAGGACAUCAAUACUCUGUGGAAGCCGCAGAAUAUCAAGCUGGCGCCGGCGUCAACCACUGAAAAGGCCCUCAUCUUCAAAUCUUAUACGACCUUCAUUCAUGUUACAGAUGAGAAUGAACUAGCGGCCAGCGGUGCCACUCUGAAAGUUUCAACGGCCUCGCGCACACCAGUCUAUAUUAACGGAUUGUAUUACGUCCUUGGACAGAGUCCGAUCGAGGUGAGAGCAGACCGAACAGGCUCGAUGACGGUGAUCGAGGAGACCCCGAAUAUUAACGGUGCAACGCUCACAGUCUCCACGGAUGGAGGCGUGACAAAUACUGCCAUCAACCCGAUGGAUAAAUCUUUUGAAAAGCUUGGAAAGCUCAAUACCAAAGACUCUCUCCGUGAUGCCAGCUUCCCAUCAGAGACGCAUGGAGGGGGGGUGGUAGGAACACCGAAGAAAAGCCCGCUGGUCCAUUCAUCGACCAAGGAUAGCGACCUCGACAAGGUUGCUGGAAAUAUGGCAGGGCUGAACAAGGCUUGGCUCGAGUCUGGCGUCGAAGCGGUGGUAGAGGUUAUUUGGCAUGAGGCAACGCAGGCAUGGCACUUCAUCGCGACGAUCGCCGGAGAUAUCUACCGUGCCAUUCUAGACACAGUCGAGGCCGUUCUCGCUGCAGUCGAGUGGAUUUUCAAUGCCAUCAAGACGGCGAUCGAGGCGAUCGUCAAAUUUAUAGAGUUCUUCAUUGGCGAUGCCAAGAAUACCUUUAACCAAAAGAUCGAAUCUGUGGAGAAAUCUCUGAAUGAAUGGGCGGACAUCGACUGGUCACCUCUCGGGGAUACCAUCAGCAAGCCUGCGUCGAGUAGCAGCAAAAGCAACUCCAAGAACCAAACAUCCGGCUCUCAGUUGCUGGCUCAUCAUUAUAAGACCAACGCCAGCAGUGUCAGUGUUGUCGCUGACUCGCCGUUUUCUGGAGAUAUCAACAAAGAUCCGGUUCAGAAAGCCCUUGACGAUCUACACGGCGCCCUGUCCAAAGAAGAUCAAGUGAUUUCCGGCUUUCGCGACCAGAUUGGAGAAGUGGCUAAGCAAUUCGCGACGAUGACCGUCGAGGAGGCCCUCAAGAAGAUCGUAGCUAUCUUAGUUGAUGGGAUUCUUGCCAGCGUGGAGGUGGUGGUCGAUGCCCUCCUGGAUCUACUCCAGGAUCUGGCUACAGCAGUAGUGGGUAUGGUGGACGCAAAGCUGCAUAUCCCCAUUAUUUCCGAUAUUUUGAAUGCCAUUGGUAUCCCAGACAUCUCCUUUCUUGACCUCUUCACCUGGGUUGCUGCUGUUUGCUAUACUGUGGUAUAUAAGAUCGCAAAGGGAGUGCCUCCUUUUCAGGACAACAAGGAUGUACAAUCCGUGAUCGAUGCCGGCAGCUGGAAUGAUCUAAUUGACGCAUUGCAUGCUCCGGCAUCAUCCUCGGUCACUUCUAGCGCUCUCUAUGCCAUGCCUGCCGCGCGUCUCGCCUCUGAGCCAGCUACCUCUCCCUCAAGCAAGCCAACCGUCCUACAGGAUAUCAUUUUCAUCGCUGGACACUCCGUGAGUGGAAUUUGUGGAGUUAUUGGUACAUUUGUAAACGCUUUAGAAGCCGAGGCUCCCACUGGCGACAACCCGAUGUCCACACCGUCAGCCAUCCUUGGGUUCAUUGGCGCAGCAUCCCAAGCUGUGGCCGAUAUAGUGUCGCCAAAGGAUCCACUUGAGGAGCCUAUUUUCAGUACGCUUAGCACCAUCACGAGUGCUGCGACUGUAGUCUCCAAACUUGUGUUCAGUAGCUAUGGCCAGAAAAAGCUGGGCAAAUUAGGAUUACCCACUGCUGGAGACCCUCGCGGUAUGGGCGCGGGGAUUAAUGUGUUACUGGUCGGUGUUGGUGCCGCUGCAACAAUCAAGCAUUUUGUCGAGCUGGCCAAAGAUCCAGCUGGAAAAGACCGGUCAGCUGCGAUUGUCGGGGAAGUAUCAAACCUGACUUCAUAUAUCAGCCGGAUCUCAUAUGCAUUGGCUGUCAAUGAUAUCGACGAAGAUACGCGGCAGGUAGUCAUUGCAGUCAUGACGGUGAGCAAUCUCAUUACAGCCGGUCUCCAAAUAGCAGAGGCUAUUAUUGACUAG